AUGCUUUCUCUCACUGUCCCGGACGUCAUACAGGCUAUCUGGCCGGCGGUAGGCGUUGCAAUCAACAGGACGCUCUACUGCAACGCGGUCCACGACAACUACUUGUGUUGGCCGCCCACGCCGGCUGGAGAGACUGUGUAUCUGAACUGCCCGCCCGAACACCUCAGCGACACGUCGCAUUCGGCGUUCCGAACGUGCGGGGAAAAUGGCCAGUGGCUGGGUAGGCGCCCCGGGGAGACCAGCUGGACCAACUACACCCCGUGCUUCCCGAGCGAGGCACAGAAGCUGCUAAAAAUGGUCUACGGGGAGGGCGGUGACGCCCAGAAUAAAUUCGGGGUCGCCUUCGGUACCCGCUACAUGGAAUGCGUCGGAAUCAUCCUCUCAAUUAUAACGCUCCUCAUUUCCCUGUUCAUAUUCAUCCGCUACACGUCGCUGCGCAAUAACCGCACUAGGAUCCACAGAGACCUCAUCAUCUCUAUGCUCGUGCACUUGUUGAUUCGCCUCGUGCUGUACAUCGACCAGGCCUACAACCGCAGGGACAACACCGACGUCGUCAGGGGGAUCCAUGAUAUGCCGUACGUGUGUAUCACGUUAUACAUACUGCUGGAGUACACCAUUUCGGUGAUGUUUAUGUGGAUGUUCAUCGAAGGCCUCUACUUGCACAGCGUUGUGUCCGCUAACUCUCUCAGGGAGCGCAUACCCUACCAGUACUACUACAUAGUCGGCUGGGGCUUUCCGUUGGUGACCACCGCCGUUUGGGCGACGAUGACCGCACUCCACUACCGCGAUGAGCCGAUCAAUACGUGCUGGUACGGCUACAACUUCUUGGCGGUGUACUGGAUAGUCCAAGGACCUCGUGUGGCCGCGAUAGUGGUCAACUUUUUAUUCCUUUUGAGUAUCACGAGGGUCCUGGUUUUGAAGAUGCAGCAGAGCAACAACUCCGAGAUGGAGAUAACUCUGUAUGCUACGCCUUCUUACUAUAACUGGCUUGAGCAUGUGGAGGACUUUAAUUUGCACGUGUCCGCGAAAGCUGUCAAGGCUGCCCUAGUGCUCCUACCACUGCUGGGCAUCACCAACAUCCUGAAUAUGAUUGAGGUGCCGGUGAGCAGCAGUGUUUGGAAGUUCGCCCUGUGGAGCUACUCAACUCACUUUCUCCGCUCCUUCCAAGGCUUCUUCAUCGCUCUCAUUUAUUGCUUCAUGAACGGAGAGGUUCGCAUGGCAGUGAGGAAGGACUACGAAAACUUCAUGGCAAUGCGCUCGAAACCCCGCCAACCGCGCUCGUCCAGCACCAUCGGCCGGCGAUACGCCAUGGACGACCAACUGGAACCUGAUUCCUCGUGGGUGCAGAUAAGGAAGAUUCAAUCGUUGGGAGCGGUCAAGCGGAUUUCCGACAGUGAUUCCGAAAUUGGAGCUGGUCCCAGAAACACGUACGAUGAGGAUUCUUCCUCUGAGAACGAGAUGGCUGUAAAGGUCAUCACAGAGGCCGAAGUCAAUUACCAGCGGGAUAAUAGCAACAAAAUGGGCGCGGAUUCCCCAUUGAUGCGGAUGAGUAAAAUGCAACCGCCGCCGGUCCACUACCAGAUAGUCAGCGAGACUUCAAAAUCGAAAACUCGAUCCCGUCCCAGAAACAUGUACCGAGAGGAGUUUUCGGAGAACCUGACAUCCAUAAAGGUCAUCCCUGCGGCCGAAGUAAACACCCCGCGGGAUAUUAUCACUUUG